GACUACUGCAAAGGCUUUCACAGCAACUGCUACUCUCGCUAAUUUGCUUUGGUUAUUCGAGAAUUCGAAUUUUGCUGAAAACAUGUUUGUGGCGGAGGCGGCUGUGUCUUCCAUCUUUGAUCUGGUGCUUGAGAGGUUGGUGGCUGCCCCUUUGUUGGAGUAUGCACGCAGUCAGAAUGUUGAGGCCACUCUCCAAGAAUGGAGGAGGAUUUUGUUGCAUAUUGAAGCUGUGCUGACUGAUGCUGAGCAGAAGCAGAUAAGGGAGAGAGCUGUUAAGCUUUGGUUGGAUGAUCUCAAAUCUUUGGCUUACGACAUGGAAGAUGUUCUGGACGAGUUCAACACUGAAGCUAAUCUGCAGAUCCUGAUACAUGGACCCCAAGCUAGCACCAGUCAGGUACACAAGCUCAUCCCAACUUGUUUUGCUGCUUGUCAUCCUACAUCUGUGAAAUUUAAUGCAAAGAUUGGGGAAAAGAUAGGGAAAAUUACAAGGGAGUUGGAUGCUGUUGCAAAACGAAAACAUGACUUUGAUUUAAGGAAGGGUGUUGGAGGGUUGUCGUUUGAGAUGGAAGAAAGGUUACAAACCACUUCCUUGGUAGAUGAGUCUAGCAUUUAUGGUAGGGAUGCUAAGAAGGAGGCUAUCAUUCAAUUUCUCUUAUCCGAGAAAGCCUCCAGGGAUAAUGGUGAUAAUGGAGUUUCUGUAGUUCCCAUCGUAGGUAUGGGUGGGGUUGGUAAAACAACCCUGGCUCAAAUUAUCUACCAUGAUAAGAGGGUGGAGAGCCACUUUGAUACCAGGAUUUGGGUUUGUGUAUCGGAUCGAUUUGAUGUGAUAGGGAUAACCAAAGCAAUUCUAGAGUCCGUCCCUCAUAGGUCAACUGAUUCUAAGAACUUGGACUCAUUACAAAAUAGCCUGAAGGAUGGAUUGAAUGGGAAAAAAUUCUUCCUCGUUCUAGAUGAUGUGUGGAACGAGAAGCCCCAAAACUGGGAUGCCUUGAAGGCUCCUUUUAGGGCUGGUGCACAAGGCAGUAUGAUCAUAGUAACAACUCGUAAUGAAGAUGUUGCAUCGAUUAUGCGCACUACUGCCUCUUCUCAUCACCUUGAUGUGCUAUCCUAUGAAGAGUGUCGGCUAUUAUUUGCAAAACACGCCUUUGCACAUAUGAAUACAAACAUCCGCCAAAAGUUGGAACCAAUUGGUGAGAAGAUAGUAAGAAAAUGCAGAGGCUUGCCUUUGGCUGCAAAGUCGCUUGGAAGUCUAUUACACACUAAACAAGAUGAAAAUGCUUGGAAUGAAGUACUGAAUAAUGACAUAUGGGAUUUUCCAAUUGAACAAAGUGACAUUCUUCCAGCUUUAUACUUGAGUUACCAUUAUCUUCCACCAAAUUUGAAACGAUGUUUUGCAUAUUGCUCCAUAUUCCCCAAGGACUAUAAAUUUGAAAAAAGGAACUUAGUGCUGUUAUGGAUGGCCGAAGGCUUAUUAGGUGGCUCCAAAAGAGAGGAAACUAUAGAAGAUUAUGGUAACAUGUGUUUUGACAAUCUACUUUCAAGAUCUUUCUUCCAACAAGCUAGUGAUGAUGAAUCAAUAUUUUUGAUGCAUGAUUUGAUCCAUGAUUUAGCACAAUUUGUAUCGGGAAAAUUCUGCUCUUCGUUGGAUGAUGAAAAGAAAAGUCAAAUUUCCAAACAGACUCGACAUUCUUCUUACGUUAGGGCAGAGCAAUUUGAACUCUCCAAGAAAUUUGAUCCAUUUUAUGAAGCUCAUAAUUUGUGGACCUUUCUUCCUGUACAUACAGGUUAUCAAUAUGGUCGUAUCUUUUUAAGCAAGAAGGUCUCAGAUCUUUUAUUGCCAACAUUGAAAUGCUUACGGGUUCUCUCUUUAGCUCAUUAUCAUAUUGUGGAGUUGCCUCACUCAAUUGGAACUUUGAAACACCUACGCUACUUAGAUCUUUCUCAUACUUCAAUUAGAAGGCUCCCUGAAUCAAUAACCAACCUAUUCAACUUGCAGACAUUGAUGUUGUCAAAUUGUCAUUCUCUUACUCAUUUGCCCACAAAAAUGGGGAAACUAAUCAACUUGCGUCAUCUUGAUAUUAGUGACACUAGCUUAAAGGAGAUGCCAAUGGGAAUGGAAGGGUUGAAACGUCUUCGAACAUUGACUGCUUUUGCUGUUGGUGAGGAUAGAGGGGCAAAAAUUAAAGAGUUGAGGGACAUGUCACACCUUGGUGGCAGACUUUGCAUUUCCAAGUUGCAGAAUGUGGUGGAUGCUAUGGAUGUCUUCGAGGCUAAUUUGAAAGGCAAGGAGCGUCUUGAUGAGUUAGUAAUGCAGUGGGAUGGCGAUGCUACUGCUCGUGAUUUGCAGAAGGAAACAACUGUGCUUGAAAAGCUACAACCUCAUAACAAUUUGAAAGAGCUGACCAUCGAGUACUAUUGUGGUGAAAAAUUUCCUGACUGGUUGGGCGAACAUUCAUUUACUAAUAUGGUGUCCAUGCAACUCCGCAAUUGUAAAAAUUGCUCAUCCCUGUCAUCGCUAGGGCAACUUGGAUCUCUCAAGGAGCUCUCUAUUAUGGGGAUUGAUGGAGUGCAGAAGGUGGGACAAGAGUUCUAUGGGAAUAGCUAUUGUAGUUCAACUUCAAUUAAGCCAUUUGGAUCCCUAGAGAUUCUGAGGUUUGAAGGGAUGUUAGAGUGGGAGGAAUGGGUUUGUCGUGAAAUUGAAUUCCCUUGUUUGAAGGAGCUUUAUAUCAAGAUAUGUCCAAAGCUGAAAAAGGAUUUACCCAAACACCUUCCUAAAUUAACAAAACUUGUGAUUAGAGAAUGCAAGCAACUGGUGUGUUGUCUUCCACUGGCUCCCUCCAUUCGUGAAUUGGAGUUGGAGGAAUGUGAUGAUGUGGUGGUUAGGAGUGCGGGCAGUCUCACCUCAUUGGCUUCCUUGAAUAUACGCAAUAUUUGUAAAAUACCAGAUGAAUUAGGACAACUGAAUUCUCUUGUAAAUUUGGGUGUGCGUUAUUGUCCAGAGCUAAAGGAAAUGCCACCCAUUCUUCACAACUUGACAUCUCUUAAACUCUUGGAGAUCCAGUUCUGUGACAAUCUUUUGUCAUGUUCGGAGAUGGGGCUACCACCCAUGCUUGAAAACCUUCAAAUUUUUUACUGUCCCAUUCUGAAGUCCCUACCAGAGGGAAUGAUACAAAGUAAUACUACUCUCCACCACUUGAGCAUCCAGGCCUGUAAAAAAUUGGAGUUAUCAUUGCCUGAGGAUAUGACGCACAACAACUACACUUUUCUUACUCGAUUAAUUAUAUUUGGCAGUUGUGAUUCUCUCACGUCCUUUCCUUUAGCUUUCUUCACAAAGCUUGAGUAUCUUUAUAUCCAAAAUUGUGGAAAUCUGGCGUCCCUUUACAUUCCAGAUGGACUUCACCACGUGGAUCUCACAUCUCUCAAGUCAUUGGACAUAUCUCAUUGCCCUAAUCUGGUAUCUUUUCCACGAGGAGGAUUGCCCACUCCCAAUUUAAGAGGGCUUGGGAUAUGUGACUGCGAAAAGCUUAAGUCACUGCCCCAAGGGAUGCACACCCUCCUUACAUCCCUUCAAGCUUUGUAUAUAUAUAGAUGUCCAGAAAUUGAUUCAUUUCCUGAAGGGGGUUUGCCCACUAAUCUAUCUAAGCUUGAGAUCGGGAAUUGCAGCAAACUUGUGGCCAAUCAGAUGGAUUGGGGCUUGCAAACGCUUCCCUUUCUUAGAACGCUGAAAAUUGAUGGAUGUGAGAAAGAAAGAUUUCCCGAUGAUCAAUUUCUGCCCUCCACUCUUACCUAUCUUAGAAUCGAGGAUUUUCCAAAUCUGAAAUCCCUUGACUAUAGGGGGCUUCAGCACCUCACCUCUCUUGAAAGUCUGUGGAUUUCGAAAUGUGAAAAGCUCAAGUCCUUCCCAAACCAGGGGCUGCCCUCCUCCCUUUCUCGUCUUGAUAUUGAAGAGUGUACUCUGCUGAGGAAACGAUGCCAAAGGGUUAAAGGGAAAGAAUGGCACAAGAUUUCUCACAUCCCCUGCAUAACAUACGAUCGGAAUGAUGAGGUGAUUUUAUCAUGAAAGGCCCUCCGAUCCAAGCUCUUGCUCUUCUCUGCGUUUAUUAGCCCAGGUACAUUCUGCUUUGCGUUCCAUAUUUUCAUUCCCA